AUGUACAGAUAUGAUUUCCCUCAGACUGACGUCCAGCGGUGCGAGCCUAUGCUCAUCAUGCUGAGCGAGGAGGAGGUCGGUCUGCUGUCGAAAAAGGGGGCCCAAGGAAAGCUCACCAACAUCAGGCUGGUCAUGAAUGACAGGGGCUACGCACGGAUCGAAGUUAAAGCAGAGACACGGCUGGAGGUAACGGCAGAAGAAGGAACUGUGUCCUCACGAAGCGUAUUCCUUAACGCAGAGCCUGUAAAGCAACCGCCAAUUCUGGUAGUUUCGCAGCAAUCUCCUCCAGGCGGCCAAAAAGCAUUUGAGUGCAACACGUGUGUUAAGCGGCUCCACCUCACAGGAGACGCAGGAAUGGUGCUGGAGUGA